AUGGCCCCAGCCCCAGAGCUCCCCGUAACAGCCGAUGACGCCGGGCGCAUGGAGGAGCUCGAGGCCACACCGCCCGUCCGCACGGGCACGAGCACUGGUGACGCGUUCUCGCGCCAAUACCCUACCACAUACGACGAAGAGCCAGACUCGGAUCGCGAGGGCACGGUGAGGCGCAAAUCUAAAUCAAAGCCCAAGCCUCUUCUUGUCGAUGACGAGGAGCAAGACGACGAAGAGCCUGUUCGCAUGAAGGACAUGGCGACACUUGCCAUCCUCUCUCGGAACAAUACCGAUAAGCCAAAGCCAUUCCCCUCCCGCGUCCUCAAAAGGACCACCAGCGACAGCUCGUCGUCGGGCGACGCCCUCCCCAUCCUUACCCCCACUCCUGCGCCGCGCCCACAUACCCUCGUCCUCUCCCCCUCCAGAGUUCCCCAUCGCUCAUCGUCGGUCGGCGCAAGGAAUACGCCGACCAAACAGCGCUUCGCAGUGUCGCCCUUUGACACCUCGCCUCUAGACAAGGACAAGCCCCUCCCCGCCCCUCCUCAUGCCGGUCUUUCCAUCAACGCCACUCCUAGGGCUGUGUCGCUCCCCAUUAACACCACUCCUGCCCCUCCAACAGACAUUGUCGUAACACCAAGCAGCCCUAUCGACGCGUUUGAUGGCCUGUUCGGCCUCGGCUCCUCCUCUCCGGCACUGGCAUUGAUGCCGGACGGCGCAGAGUUGCCCGAACCUUCGAAUGAGCGUCGUCUGGCCUCCGCUCCCGUCUCUCGCACACCUUCAAGCUCGACACGUACCCCUCGCGCCGCUGAAACCGAGCGCUCCCGACCAGAGUCUCCAACACCCAUGCGCCCAGAUCUCGGCCUGGGCCUCCCAGAGGCCGUGGCAGCGAAGCGCGCCUCGGCCCCGGGAGUUAUCCACCUCUCACGCAGGCCCCAAGCCGUGUCGUCCCCUCUUCCUGAGCGCGCUGCUAGCCCUCUAGUCAAGGUUACUUUCUCCACGACCGAGACAGCCAAGCAGUCGGCAGAGAAGGAACGUAAACCCAUCAAGAACCGGCCACGCAGCUUAUCGGCCAUGUUCUCGCGGUCUCCCGCGGAAUCUACGCCUCACUCCGAUGACGACGAGGCUGGCCCGUCGGGCGGCGUGUUGGGAUGGCUAGGCGUGCAGCGCGGCAAGACGAUCAAGCGGCAGCGGUCCGAGUCCAAGCUCCGCAAGAGACGGAGCGGAUUCUUCUCUUCCGACCACGACGCCGAGCCCAACGAGAACAGCACCGAUGAGCAGCCGAUCAACAAGACGCGCAUGCGCGGGCGCUUUGGUCCCAACGCGUCCACAACCAUGCUCAUCAACAGAUCUGUCCCCGACGUAGCGAGACCACCCCACUCCGCUGGGUCGUCUCUCUCAUCGCUUCCUGUCAUUGAUCAGCAAGAGUUCUGGCCCACGCGCUUAUGGGUCGGCAAGCGGCCAUCUCUGGAGAUUGAGACCAUGUCCUCUGAAACAACAACGAACACGUCGCACAACGAUCUCAAGCGCGACCCUGGGCACAUCCCCAUUCCGGUGACAAAUAGAGACAUCGUUGCUCGUCGUCUUCUCGAACCUGGCUCCCAGAGAUCUUCCAUGGGCUCUACUUCACCACUAAGCUCUUUACCAGAGCUCGGGCCGCCGCCAACGAUAGCUGAGCAUGGAGGGGAGGCGACGCCACCGCAGGUUACCCCUCGCGCUGGUGGUCGUGGGCGCUCGUUCUCCGAUGCUGCGCGCCGGAUCCAGUCUGAGGACAGUUCCAUGGUAUCACCGCCGAUGUCUCUUCGCUCGCCGUCCGAUCUGGACCUUUCGAGGCGCCCAGCACGGCCCCCCAUGUCGGCCAGAUCCAGCUCUGCCAACUCCAGUGUCAUCGGCAUGGUACGCAGCGUGUUCUCCAAGAAUCGCCCACGUAGCAACAGCACCCUGCGUUAUAGCUCUGCUGAUGAGCGGGAUACGGUCACGGUCACCACCAGCGAGUUCGGGUCCCGCGAACUGCCGCGUGCCGAGUCUUCGGCGUCGUCACUGGGUACCUCUCCUGCCCUCCCUCCAGUCAGAAUACGGCCCGAGGAUGUGCCGCAGGUAUCAAGCCUGGCGCUGCAGAUUGGCGAGGAUGACCGCCGUGUGGUCCUGAACGAUACUCUUGAACGAUCACCUCGGUCAUCGUACGCAGCUUCGCAGUCGUCUCGUACGACCCAUUCCACGAGGCGGUCGCAAACAGCGGAUCCGCACGCAAGCCUUGGCGUCCACUCUGGGCUUAGAGUUGGACGCGCCCGUGCCCAGACCACGUCGUCUGCCAUCUCAUGGCACGGGACGUUCAACUCGACAACUGCCAGCCUGGGCCACAACGGCGUCCACAGCGGCGCCCACAGAGGGUCACACGACGCCGGUCUCGCUCCGCCGUCCGCGUACGGCGGGUCGUCUACGUACCUUCCAGCUCCCUCGACCCCGACGUUCCCUGUGGCCUCGACUCCUCCCCGACAGGGAUCGAUUCGGAGGCUAUCCACUGGUCUGUUCAGGUCGAACCCUAGCUCGCCCAAGCCUCCGCCUGGCCAGCUGUUCCCGCUCCCCCCUCGCGGUCCUGGCGGGGGAUCGUCUGGCGGCCCCAGCCCGGGGACAGAGGACGGUCCCAGUCGCUCCGAGAGCCCAAUGCCUCUCUCGCGGUCUACAACGCCAGUGCAGCGGAUACACCCCAACGACAUUGAUACGUCUAUCCGUGACAACGAUACUCCUGAGAGCUGGUUGGCGAGGCUCCACAAUAUAGACCGGCGCGAGCUGGCGGGGGUCCUUGCCUCUAGUGCCGAUGAGUUCCACACCAUUGCGUUGACGUUGUACAUGAACCGCUUCGACUUUACCCACAUCGCGCUCGAUGUCGCACUGCGCCGGCUCCUCAUGCAUAUGUCGCUGCCGAAGGAGACGCAACAGAUCGACCGUGUCAUCGAGGCGUUUGCCACGCGCUAUGACCUGUGCGAGCCGGGUCUGUUUGGCACCAAGGACAAUGCAUACGUGCUUGCCUUCUCGAUGAUGAUGCUGCACACGGAUGCGUUUAACCGACACAACAAGAACAAGAUGACGAAACCUGACUACGUGCGCAACACGCGGCUCGACGGUGUCCCCCCGCCCGUGCUCGAAGCGUUCUUCGACAACAUCACCUUCACGCCGUUCGUGUUCAUCGAGGACGACAACGAAGCCGCAUUCGCUGCGGCUGGCGGGCAGCUCUCGGCAUCCAACGGCCUGCCCAGGUCUGGCAAGAUCGACGUCUAUGACCUCAUUGUUGGAGGUCAGCUGGGCUCGCUGCGAGUCGAUGUUGAGCGCUAUAUUCCUGCGGACAGUCCUUUCUCUUGCAUGGGUACCAGACCGUUCUUGGACGUGGACCGGCUGCAAAGUAAGUUUGCCAACGCUCAACCGCUCGAGUUCGUCAAGUCGCGCCCUCGUCGGAAGUCGGGUGUUCCCCUCGCCGGUAUGGGCGGUGGUGUGGCGGCGCCAAUCCCCAAGGAAGAGGUGACCACGCUCAAGAUUACAAAGGUCGGGCUGAUUAGCCGGAAAGACGAGUCACCCGCGACAAAGCGUACGGCGGGUCGCAAGUGGAGAAGUUGGAGCGUCAUUCUUACUGGCUCCCAGUUACUCUUCUUCAAGGAUACUAUCUGGGCACUUACGCUCGUCGAGCAGAUCCGCAACGCUGGUAAGGGCGACGCGCCUGCCGUCCCCCGCAUAACCAGCUUCCAGCCCGACGAGGUUCUCUCUGUCAAGGAUGGCGUGGCCAUCUUCGACCGCGACCACACAUCGACGCCAUUCACGUUCCGCUUCGUCAUGCCCGACAAUCGCCAGUACCUCAUGCAGUUGAACGACGAGUACGAGAUGAACGAGUGGCUCACCCUCAUCAACUACGCCAGCACGUUCCGGACCGCCGCGAUCCGUAUUCGCGCUGUCGGGCUGAACAGCGGCGAGGCUGUCAAGGCAGGAUCAGUUGCUGCAGAGGAGCACCUCCGUGACGUCGAGUCAGGCGUCCCCCUACAGUCGCAAGAACCCUCGCAGGUCCGCUCCAUCGUCUUUGAGGACCCGAAUGUGCAAUCCGAAACCCUCGCCACUCCUCGUCCGCGGUUGCGGCGUGUCGGCAGCUUGCGGUCGUCCCCAACCCCUGUUGUCGAUGUGUCAGGCGCCAACGAUGUCGUUGUCAAUGGCGGUGAGCAGAUGGAGGCUGUCAUCGGCUCUGUCAAGGCCGAUCUUGCUGCCGGGCGUGCCGGAGCUGCGCCCAUGCUCCUGCUACCCCCCGAGCUGGCUACACAGUCAACGGACAAGACGAAGCGCUUCGAGGCUAUUGCGUCCCGAGUGGAGGCUCUGAAGUCGAAUGCGGCGCAAAUCGAACAUCGCUUGACAACCAACUUGCGCGUCGCUCGCAACCUGGCCAUCCUCACGCCGUUCCAGAAGUCAACGCGCGACCGCAUCGAGGCGGCGCUGCCAGACCUCGCGAACCAGAUCCGGUCUGACCGCAUCGAGCUUUCCAAGCUUCACCUGUGGAUCACGAUGCUUCUCAAGGAUCAGGGCCGCGACCAGCGGGACUGGGCACGCGUUCGUCACGUUGCGCUCCAGGCAGCGGCACGCAGUCUCUGUGCACCCAGCACCGAGAAGCCCGACCGCCGUGCGACAAUCGCCGCCCCAAUCGCCAUUCCCAAGUUGUCACUCCCUGACCAUGACGAGAGUGCUAGCAUAUGGGGCGAAAACGUGGGUUCGCUUGCAUCCGGUAGCGUGAGCCCCGGGGAGUUACCAGAGACCAGCCCCUUGGAAGACGAUGAGCAUGAGCACGAACCUGAGCACGAGCACCAGCCCGAGCUGGAAACUUCAGUGAAGGCCGUCGCACUUUCGCCUCCACCCGCGCCGGUGCCUGCUCCCCAGUUCCCGCUCGCGGCCAAGGAGAAGGACGUGGGUUCUGGACAUCCGUCACCUACAAGCCCAACAUCGGAUUCGGAUGACUAUGAACUCGCCCCAGAGUACCUGGGCUCGUCCGAGUCAUUACGAGGGGAGAUGGAGCGACAGCUCGCGUUCUCAGACAGCUCGCGGUCCUUGGCCGCUGCAACGGACCUGCGGGUUUUACCGCAGGCGUCGUCGUCCAACCGUAAGAACAGCGAGGACGGCAACGACCAGCCCGAGCACUGGCGCAACACGCGGGCGGCGACCAAGGUGUCGCUGGCGCACCUCCCGCGGUCGAGCAUUGGCGAACUGUCACGGCGGUUCAUCAAGAUCAACGACAACAACGAGGUAGUGGUGAAUGGCGAAUAG